AUGGCGACUAAUUCGAACACUCUCCCUCAAGGGUUCUCUGUUUUUCAGCCUGCUCUUGGUGCUCAGCUCCAGUUCUUCCCUACCAUUGGGUCACGGGAGCUCGACGAGUUGGUGAAUGCUUACAUCCCUGGUCCUGCUUCCACCCAGGAGAAGCGUGCCACAAUCUCUCUCGACUACUUUGAGUAUGCGCACCUGACAGGGCAGACGUUCAAGUUCUAUCCCGUUUACACACUUUCCGCUUCUGUCGAAUCUCCUGCUGGUGCUAGCCCCCUCCAAGACUCUGGUUAUGGAUCUUUCAACACGAGCCCCGUCACAUCCAACUGGGAUUGGAGCCAUGUGAAUACCACUUCCUCCCGCCGCUCCUCUCCCAAGUCCACCGCCAGCCAGCAGCCCGCCGAUUUCUCCAACCUGCCUGGAAUGAAGAUCAUGACUAAGGAUGGUCGCGAUGUUACCAAUUCUGCCUCCCGAGGAUCCAAGACAAAGGAGCAGAGAGAUCACGCACACCUCAUGCGAAUCAUCAAGGCCUGCGAAAGCUGCAAGAAGAAGAAGAUUCGUUGCGACCCCAGCCACAAGAAGCGUGGCGUUACCAGCACGGUGGCUCAACCUGCAAAGGUCACCAAGAAGACGAAGGCACUGACCUCAGAAGCAAAGGUUUCUGUCGUUGCCCAUGAUGCUUUUGCUGGCCAAAUGACAACUCCAGAGCUCGACUUUUCGGUCAACCUCGACAACCUGACUGUCUCAGUCGAGCCAGAAAGCGAUGCAUGGGAGCAGUUCAUCCAAUAUCCUGCUGCCGAUGAUAAUUACGAUUUCUUCAACGAUCCAGAGGGCUACUUCUCUCCUCAGUCCUCCUCCUCUGCAUCGGACUACUCUGCAAAGCCCGUCACCCCGACAGCAGGAGAGGACCUUCUUCGCCGUCCUCGUGGCACAGCCGAUGUAGGCAUUGCAGACCUGGGCGACUCUGCGGCGCAUCUACCAUUCAACCAAGUCGAUGUCAAUCACGACUAUGUGGACUUCAAUCUUUACUCUCCCGAAUCAUCCUUCUCGGAAGAUGAACGUAUGGUCCCUAUUCAAGUCUCUAAGCAGUCGGUUAGUCGGCCGAAAUCACCAGCACCGAACCAGCUACCGCCGAGGGACUUCUCGAAUGGUUUGAGUAGUCGUGGCGACGAGCUAGGCGACAACCAGCUUACUCACAAUAUCCUUGGAGGACAGCUUGCUGUUCCCACUUCCGCACCUCAACAUCUCUUUACUAAUGGCCAGGUCGGCCGCGAAGAUGUCUAUGGCGAUUCUGGAGCUGGCUUUGAGUAUCGCGAUGCCAUUGUGCAAACUGCAAGUCUCGGCUCGGACCUUCUGGACACGAGUACUUCAUUGCAUCACAGCUCACCAGUCGUUGCACCCACCGCCCAGUCCUCUGUGGAUACUGUUUUAUCUACGAAUAGUAACGUGACAAUCAGUCGCGAUAUUAUCGAGGCCCGCGGAAUGACGACAAUAGGAUCACCAGAUCACCUACUAUCAGAGAAUGCCACACCACAAGCAGCUCCCCACUUGACGGAGAUUGUGCUUACACAACAGAACUCCCAAACACCUGCAGCAGUGGCCGCACAUGCAAACUCCCAGUUGAGCGAGAUUGCUCACGCUCUUCCAGUUUGCCAAUCAACAGAGACCGGAUCUACAGCCACACAAUCAGAUUGUCACGAUGUCAGUGCCGAAAGCGAACUCAGUCAAUCAGAUUCUCGCGAUGCAGAGAUUCACAAUGUGGUGGGAGAUAUAUUCCAACCUUUCGCUGCGGUUGAUCCUUCGUUGCACUGCCCGACAUCGACGAUUCGUCAACCAGGCCUGGAGACUCUUGCACCGCUUACGGUGAUGUUGAUCGCCUCAGCCGUCUGGUCCUUUGUCCACCAAAUGUUUGUCAACAGGGACGAAUGUUGGGAGCAGCGGACAAGCUCUUCUGUGCACAGCAAGAGGAAGGCCAACCAGAUGACAUCGAAAAUUGGCAGGGUUGUCAGCAAGCUACAGAGCACGUUUUCGAAUAGCACGACACCAGUUGGUCGGACGAUAUCGAUGGGUAGAAGCCUCAUCGCUGUGUAA